AUGCAGAUGUUCAGCCGUCAGUUGGCGUCUUCGGAGUGGUUGACCAUCCUGGGAGGAUUACUGGGCUCCGGAAUCUUCUUCUUCUCCCUCACUGCCUUCAAUAACCUGGAGAACAUCAUAUUCGGGAAAGGCUUCCAGGCCAAGGUGUUCCCAGAGGUCCUGGUCUGUCUGUUCAUCGCUCUCUUUGCCUCCGGAUUGGUCCAUCGAGUGUGCGUCACCACAUGCUUCAUCUUCUCUCUGGUGGAUCUCUACUACGUGAACAAGAUCUCCUCCGGCCUCUACCAGGCGGUGACCCCGGCGGUGACCCCGGGAAAGGUGGUGGGCAAGAGUAAGAAGAGAUCCUGA